AUGCGUGAUCGUUUUUCACCGUCAAAUCUUGCUGUAUUAUCGAGUGUAUCAUCAAUGUCUCCACAAAGCAAGUCUUUUUUAAAUUAUGACCAAUUAUUACCCUUAGCUUCACAUAUUAAUUGUGAUCAAAAUCAUUUGUUUAAUGAAUUGCAAGUCUUACAACCAAUGCUUCAAAACAAAAAAUUGUCAAGCGUCAAUGAAUUAUAUCAUGAAAUGAUUCCAUUACAAGAAGCAUUUUCAAAUAUGAUGUUAAUGAUCAAAGCUGCACUGACUAUUCCUGUAUCAUCAUGCACGUGCGAGCGUGCAUUUUCAAAGAUGAAGUUAAUCAAAACACACAUAAGGACAACUAUGACAGAUGAACGAUUAAGCGAUCUUUGUAUCUUAUCAAUUGAACGUGAUUUUAAUAUAGAUUUUGAACAAGUCAUUGAUCAAUUUGCGGUUAAUCAUAAUAAUAGUAGAAUUUUAUUGCGAUAG